GUCGCCGCAUGCGAUCUGCGACCGUGCUUUCAUCCCAGCGGUUCAACAUGCCACUCUCCUAAUAAAUUAUCUAAUUUAUUUAUCCAGUUAUUAACCCGGUAAUUGGAAGAAUUUGCUAAUUUCUGAAAAAUGAGCAAUAUAAACUCGGCAGCCACCAUUACCGGCAGUCAACAACAUCUUAUUGCGAUCUCUUCAAAAAAACGAAGAACAAUGAAAGAUAUGUUUGGCGACAGGACACAACUGGAGAGAUGGCUGCUACUUGGAAUCGUAACACUAAUAGUAGUGGCUGUUUCUCUUAUUGCACUAUCUAUUUUUCUCUUUAACAGUGAUAGAAAAUUGCAACAUGUAUGCGAGAGUAAGGACUGCAUUCAAACUGCGGCCAUGCUUUUGCAGAGUAUGGACGUGAGUGUGGAUCCGUGCGAUGACUUCUACACGUAUGCAUGUGGCAAUUGGGGCAGCAGUCACGUGUCUCUGGAGGGGCCCCUCUCUUGGUUCACUGAACGUACUAAACAUCUACAGAGCAGAGUAUAUGACAUACUGAGGGAUAAUGACAGCACAUCAGAUCCGAUGCCUUUAAAGUAUGCUCGUCAACUAUACAGAUCAUGCCUUGAUACAGCUCAACUUGAUAAACUGGGAAUUGAACCAAUGAUGCAAGUGUUGGACAGAGUGAGAUUGCCAAGAGCGAUCCCCUCUGAAGAGACGACCGCCAACUUCAGUCUAGCUCGAACUCUGGCUCUAGCACAGCGAGUUCUCAGCAUGGAUAUUCUAGUCACUUUGUCGCUAGAUGUUGACAACUCAACAAACCUCACUACAAUAAAUGUCUCACCAGCACUGGGCUUCUCGCCGCUGCCAGAGCUGCACCUGGUCACUAAGCCAGUCGAGCACAGCCAGGCGCAACUCGACCCUCGGGACAUCCUGCUGCUCAAGGUCACCUACAUUGCCAGUGUCCUUGCUGAGCUCUAUCCUGUCGUCAACACCAGCAACUACAACACAAUCGCCUUCAAAAUUCUGCUCAUGGAGUCUCAUAUCAAAGCUGAUGCCGAUCAAUUGAAUAUUGAAGAUGAGCCAGAGAGGAUGACUUUUGGAGACCUCCAGAAACUCAUGGACGAGGCAAACAGCACUGGAGAGCCAAAUACAAGGUUCGAUUGGGCUGAAUAUUUGGAAGUUUUAUUGGAAAACCUCAACCUGAACAUGACUGUUGGUUUAUCGUCAAUAGUGUAUGUGCAUGGGACGAGCUACUUCGCUGCCAUGGGUCAGAGAUUGCACAAAGUCAAGACAGAAUCAAUACAGCGAUUGAUAUGGUGGAAAAUUAUUGAUGCACUUCUACCACAUACUACAACCACAUUGAGAAUGCUCAAAGAUGAUUUAUUCCGAUCAGUUUUUAGAACCAGCGGGAAGCCAUCCAGGCAGGCAAAAUGUACAAGAAUUGUUAAGACAUUUUUGAAUAUGGCAUUGAGCUAUAAAAUAGCAGUAGAGGAUCCAUUACAUGAAGUUAUACAUAGGGUAAGAGGGAUGCUCAAAGACAUAAUUAGUGCUUUCAAAAGCCUUGUAAGCGAAUUGAAAUGGAUGGACGCCUUCACUAAAGUAGCUACUUUGAAAAAAGUUGAUGCAAUAAAAAGCUACAUUGGCUACCCUGAAUGGCUUCUGGAUCAAGGAGAACUUGAAAAAUUCUAUGAUGGUGUUGAAGUUGUGAAGGGGGAAUUCCUGCAAAGUAUGAUAAAUAUGAAAGCAGUGGAGGUGGCAGCAUUAUUAAAAACAAUUGGGAGUCUUCCAGAUAAUAAUCCAAAAUACAGUUGGGUCAGUGAUCCUAUCGAGGUGAAUGCUUACUAUAGCAGGAACUUGAAUGCUAUUUCAAUACCAGCAGGAAUAUUACAAAUACCAUUCUACUUUUUGGGUUUGGAAGCUUUGAACUAUGGUGCUAUUGGAAGUAUUUUAGGACACGAGGUUACUCAUGGCUUUGAUGUUGAAGGAAAGGACUUUGAUGCGAAUGGAAAGAAGGUGACUUGGUGGAGUGAUCACAUGCUUGUUGAAUACAAUAAGAGGACAGAGUGCUUCAUCAAUCAAUACAACAACUACACACUUGGAGGAAAUAAUGUUAAUGGGACUCAUACUCUAGCCGAAAACAUAGCUGACAAUGGUGGAGUGAGGGAAGCACUACGCGCUUAUAGGAUAUUCAUGAAUCGACGAGGUCCAGAAAAAAGUAUUCCAGGUUUUCAAAACUUCACUCAUGAACAGUUGCUCUUCCUAUCGUUUGCUCAUGUUUGGUGUCAAACAACAACUCCAGAGAGUGACAUACUGACACUCACUGACGUCCACAGUCCUAGCAAGUACAGAGUGUUGGGCAGUCUUGUCAACUUACCAGAAUUUUCAGAGGUAUGGGGUUGUAAACCCAAGUCCCCCAUGAAUCCUGUAUCAAAAUGUAUAUUGUGGUGAUUUUUAUCAAUGAGGAACAGUAUUAUUCUCUUCUGUGAUUUAUUUUUAGUGGAAUAAAUAUGAUUUCUUUCUAAAAAGUUUAGUCUCAUCAACUUUAUCUUGAAUUCCACUUUUCAUCCGAAUAGCAUUAUUUGUUACCUCUGUUUUGGCUAUUUUUUAAUUAUAGAAUUGAGUUUCACG